CCCCCCCCCACCCUGUCUCUCCCUCCCUCCCUCCCUCCAUCCCUCCCUCCCUCCCUCCCUCCCUCCUUCUCUUUUACUGGGAGACAGUCAGAACUCUCCUCCCUGACAGCCACAAACCUACAGCACUGACUGCAUUCAGAGAGGGAACCUGCAAACAAAACUUCACAGAAAACUUUUUGUUCUUGUUCCAGAGAAUUGACUGAAGAGGAGAAAGAAAAAAAAAAAAAAAAAAAACCCAAAAAGGAAAAAAAAAAAAACAAAAACAAAAAAACCUGUGCGUGAGUGGGGGGGAGGAAAAGCAGAGCCUUUUAAAAGGGCAAUCACAACAACUUUUGCUGCCAGGAUGCCCUUGCUUUGGCUGCGAGGAUUUUUGUUGGCGAGUUGCUGGAUUAUAGUGAGGAGUUCCCCCACCCCGGGGUCCGAGGGGCACAGUGCAACCCCCGACUGCCCGUCCUGUGCGCUGGCCACCCUCCCAAAGGACGUACCCAACUCUCAGCCGGAGAUGGUGGAGGCCGUUAAGAAGCACAUUUUAAACAUGCUGCACUUGAAGAAGAGACCCGAUGUCACCCAGCCGGUACCCAAGGCGGCGCUUCUGAACGCGAUCAGAAAGCUUCAUGUGGGCAAAGUCGGGGAGAACGGGUACGUGGAGAUAGAGGAUGACAUCGGCAGGAGGGCAGAAAUGAAUGAACUUAUGGAGCAGACCUCGGAGAUCAUCACGUUCGCGGAGUCAGGCACAGCCAGGAAGACGCUGCACUUUGAGAUUUCCAAAGAAGGCAGUGACCUGUCCGUGGUGGAGCGUGCAGAAAUCUGGCUCUUCCUGAAAGUCCCCAAGGCCAACAGGACCCGGACCAAAGUCACCAUCCAUCUUUUUCAACAGCAGAAGCACCCGCAGGGCAGCUGGGACGCAGGGGAGGAGGCCGAGGAAGUGGGCUUGAUGGGGGAGAGGAGUGAAGUGUUGAUAUCAGAGAAGGCGGUGGAUGCCCGCAAAAGCACCUGGCACAUCUUCCCCGUCUCCAGCUGCAUCCAGCGGUUGCUGGACCAGGGCAAGAGCUCCCUGGACAUUCGGAUUGCCUGUGACCAGUGCCACGAGACCGGCGCCAGCCUGGUGCUCCUGGGCAAGAAGAAGAAGCGAGAAGAGGAGGGGGAAGGGAAGAAGAGGGACGGAGAAGGAGGGGCGGGAGGGGACGAGGAGAAGGAGCAGUCGCACAGACCCUUCCUCAUGCUGCAGGCCCGCCAGGCUGAAGACCACCCUCACCGGCGCCGGCGGCGGGGCUUGGAGUGUGACGGCAAGGUCAACAUCUGCUGUAAGAAACAGUUCUUUGUCAGUUUCAAGGACAUUGGCUGGAAUGACUGGAUCAUCGCUCCCUCUGGCUAUCACGCCAACUACUGCGAGGGUGAGUGUCCCAGCCACAUAGCAGGAACGUCGGGUUCAUCCCUCUCCUUUCACUCGACGGUCAUCAACCACUACCGCAUGCGGGGUCACAGCCCCUUUGCCAACCUCAAGUCGUGCUGUGUGCCCACCAAGCUGAGACCCAUGUCCAUGUUGUACUAUGAUGAUGGGCAGAACAUCAUCAAAAAGGACAUCCAGAACAUGAUUGUGGAGGAGUGUGGGUGCUCGUAGAGCACCCAGCCCGGGGGGGAUGGGAGCAAGAUGGUCCAGAGAAGACAGUGGUGACAUGAAGACAUGUUUAAGGUUUCUGACUGAAACAACCAGAAGAAUAGAAAUUUUAAAAAAUAAUAAUAAACUUAAAAGAAAACCUGAAGCAGAUGAAGGAAGAUGUGGAGAAAUUCCUUAGCCAGGGCUCAGAGAUGAAACAGUGAAGGAGGUGGGAAUUUGGGGGGAGAGGGAAAAUGGGGUACCCUUCACUUCUCCCUCCAGCAUUCAAGGGGUGACAGCAGUUGCUCAAAUGGGAAUAUUGUCCUCUCCUUUUCGGUUCCCUUUCGGUAUGAGCCUCGAAGUCAACUUGUCCGGUCUGCAGUAAUGUGGGCUGACACAACCCAAAUAGCAUCUAGAAAGCCAUGAGUUUGAAAGGGCCAGUUAUAGGCACUUUCCCACCCAGUAACCCAGGUCGUAAGGUAUGUCUGUGUGACCCUCUCUCUGUGUAUAUCAGCCCAUGCACACACACAAAGACACAACCGCACACAAACACACACAACCCACCACGCACACGGACACACACACAGACACACACACGCUGCACAAAGACAUGCACAACCCCCCCCACACACACACACGGACACAGACAUACACACCGUACAGACACCACACACACAGAGGCAUUUCCACACCACACACACACACACACACACACACACACAGUCUGGUAAAAGAACACUCGUGUGCAGGUGGUCACACCUUCUUUUUCUGCACCACUUCCACAACAAAACAAAAACCAAAAUGAAAAAAAAAUUGAGAACAAGAAUGAGAAGCAUGAAAGAUCAAGGAAAAAAGAAUACCAAGUUACAUUUCGUUAAGGUGCUUAUGAUCUUAGAACUAUGCAACCUAAUAGGUUUGAAACUGUUUACCUGAGA